AUGUCUCAUAUCAUCCCUAGCGUGGCAAAACUGAGACCUGAAAUCCGUCUCGCCGAAGCGGUGUCUCAAUUCGAAGCCAAUCUGUCUAUGGUCGAGAAGGCCAGUUUCCGAACAGAUCGAUCGAAAGCGCUCGAAUCGCCUCCCGGCCCCAACAGUGUCAUGCGGGUAACUGCAGAUAUUGACAGAGCUCAAAAGGCUGGCAGCCGAUGCUUUGGACCACGGUUCACGAAUUUCCUCCAUGGCGUUCAACAGUUCGCUGCGCUUGGUGACGUGAUUAUUGGAGGGUCUCAAAACAUUGUCGCAUGUGGCGUGUGGUCGCUAGUGCGCAUGUCGCUGCUGGUGAGCGUGUUCAUCUCAUUCGAGUUCGGUCAACCGGCGCAAGAAGCGUUGAAAGGAGCGUUGGUCAACUCCUCGUCAUAUCUAGAGAGACUUUCACUGAUCUUCAUGGAUGUUGGUCGCUCAGCUCCACGAUACCAGGCGUUGGGACUCCUUUACCCCCGGUCAAAACUCCUCCAGUCCCAGAUCAGCGAAUACUUCAUCGUGGUAGUGCACCUCUGCAAUCGGAUAAUGAAGUUCACCCGGAAAUCAACCUUCUCAAAGCUAGGUUCUACAGUGAACGACUCGGACGUGAGAGAAUUGCAAGCUGAGCUCAACUCUUGGGCAAAGUCAAUAAAAGAGGAAGUGGAUCUUUUGAUGGCUCAGAAAAUCGAUAUGGAAGUCCAGUCUAGUUCAGCGUUUAGAGCUCUUUCAACACGACAUGCAAAGGCAACCGAACAUCAACGGAAACUGGCAGAAAGGCUCCGCAUCCUCGAUAUGUUCUCAACACAUGAUUAUGAGACACCCUGGAGGCGAAUCCGCAAGACCGGAACUACUACCAGCUUUUUGCAAACCACCGAAUAUCAUGACUGGAGAGAUUGCAAGGCGUCAACUACGCUUCUCUAUAGAGGCAGCAUUGGCUCGGGUAAGACUGUCAUGAUGGCGAAUAUAGUCAACGAUCUCGUUGCUCAUAUCGAAGGCACCGAUGCUGUAGUUGCUUAUCACUUCUGCGAGCACGACUCAUGGGAUCUAAAUUGUCAACGAGUCCUUGGCACACUGGUACGACAAAUACUCGAGACUGUACCGGACCUGACUACUUUGGACCCGCGACACAAACACUCAUUCAGUGUGGACCAGUUCGUAACUCUGCUGUAUGAGGUUGUUCCUCAGUCAACACACAUAUGGAUAGUACUUGAUGGACUACACAACUGUCUCGAAAAAGACAGAAAUUACAUCUUACUCGGGAUCAAGGAGCUCCAAUCAGUUCGGGAUGUGCAUUUAUGUGCAUCACAUCGCGUGGACUCUCAUAGUCUAGCAGAUAUGCCAAUAUUCCGCCCUGCUGUUGUCACGCUACAGCCCGAGAACGCCCAAGACAUUGAAGCGUUUGUGGACACUGAACUGGAACGCUGUCUGACAACCCGUAAGCUGGUUCUCGGGGACCCCGCUCUUAUAUUCGACAUACGGGACGCUCUAAUGAAGGGCUCGCAAGGCAUGUUUCUUUGGGCGACGCUACAAAUUGAGUCGUUAUGCUCGAUGAAGACUGAUAAAGAGAUUCGCGAAGCACUUCUUGAUUUACCUCGCAAUCUUACGCAGGUCUAUAAUCAAAUACUGAACCAGCUGCAGCAACCUGGUCGAACUUAUCAAACAGAGAUAUUCAAAAUCAUCACAUCUACGAUGCGACCGCUUACAAUGGAAGAAAUGCAGGAGGCCCUGAGUGUCACACUUGGCGAUACAACCUGGGACCCCUCGAAGCUUCUGAACAGCGUGGAUUCGGCUUUGGCAACUUGCGGCUGUCUCAUUACCGUGGACGAAGAAGACGGCACGAUACGUACAGUACACCCGAGCGUCAACCAGUACCUCAUACAAAAAGAUCGAGAGGGCCACAAUGGCGGGGUUUGUCUCGACCCCGAAGAGGCCCGAACGUUCACGGCAUCGAUAAUGGUAACCUACCUUGGCUAUGGCCUUUUUGGUACGGAGCUAUCGAGCCCCCUUCCCGCAAUGCAGUUGGGAUCAGCGCCUUCUCAUAUUAUCAGCUCAACACUAGACAACUCCAAGUCCGUCCAGAGUGUCGCCCUGAGGUUUUUGAGGUCCAUGAAAGAGUCGCAAUUUGACGCAACAAAGGUUCUUGCCGAGAAUCUCACGUUGCAGUCCAAAAAAACUUCUUUCGAGUCCUCAAGCAAGGGACAGUACGCCUCAAAACCCCGGCCGGGAUAG